AUGUAUUCUCCACUUCAAUAUUAUCAAUUUAUCAUUGAAAUAGCUCAAGGAGCAUCUGUUGGACAUUCCAAUGAUCCUUCACUCUCCGGUGAUCAUCCACCACUGGAUAAUGAGGAAGGAGAAUCGACGACACAUAAUAUAGAAGGGGAUGAUACAACAAGUAACUCCCUAAACGAGUCAGGUGAAGAAGAGCCUACACAUGAUGCACGUGGCCGCCAAUUCAUACAUCUUAGGGGGAAAUACUUGCAUCCUUCCGGUGUCGUGGCAAGCAUAUGUACGUAUAAUUUCAAGCAGAUAGUUGACCCGAAUGGAUUUAGCCAGAAAACUCUAACUGAGGAAUACAUUAACCUUUUAAGAAAUCUGCUAAUUGUGAGGCAUAUGAUCAAGACGAGUGUAAGAAAGCUUUGUUAGCAAGUGUAAAAUCAGAUACGGGGAUUUCAUUAGCUAUUAUAAAAAGAAGACAAAGAAACCUUCUUUUUACACAGAUGCCCAAUGGUCGAAUUACCAAAAAGGCUGGAAUUUACCCGAGAGUAUUGAAUCUUUUGAGAGGUUCUCGGCAAACCGUAGACAAGGGCUUGAGACUGCGCUUGGCACACAUUGUAAUGGAUGUAU